AGCGACCCAAUUGACUGUUCUCAUCCUCGGAAGAUCCGAAGGAGUGGUCUUUUAUUUCCACUCGUGGAGAGGAGAGGGAUAAGGAGGACGGCCGAAGCGAACAUGUGUCAACGUCAACCGAACCGCGGCGCGACCACCACUGGCACCACUGGUAACGGCAACAAAUGAUGUAAACUCCGUGCGGGUUUGAUGAUUGACGGGCCCCUGACUGAGCACUCGAUAAAUGUACAUAUAUCUGCCGCCAUAUCUACCUGCAGUAGGUACCCAAGGUAGCAAAGGGACAACAGCAUCGAGUUGACCAUAUUGAUUGUUAAGUUAGCGGUGCUCAUUUCUGGAAGAAAGACCAGCGAACAUCGACGCUGCUGUCCUUGGAUAUUCGGUGUGCUUGGACUUUGUCACUCAUAUACAGUACAGCCUCAAAUCCCAAAUCUCAGACUCAGCCAUCAAGUAUCUCGUACAAAGUACCGUCCAAACCGUCCCAAAAAUGCCCCGCGUCUUCCUCAUCACCGGCACAUCGACCGGAUUCGGAUACUACUACGCCCAAGAGGUCCUCGACCGAGGGGACAUUGUCGUCGCAACGGCGCGAGACCCAUCGAAACUGACCUUUGCCAACGCCACCGAAACCAACUUUUUAGCCGUCCGACUCGACGUGACCGACAAAUCGAGCAUCGACUCUGCCUUCGAGUCCGCAUUGACCAAAUUCGGCCGCAUCGACGUCGUGGUCAACAACGCCGGAUAUGGCCUCGCGGGCUGUUUCGAAGAAUACACCGACUCUCAAAUCCGACAACAGAUGGAAAUCAAUUUCUUCGGCUUGCUCGACGUGACGCGCAAAGCGAUGCAAGUCAUGCGCGAUCGCCAGACUCCCUCGGGUGGGUUGAUCCAACAGGUCACCAGUAUUGGCGGGCAAAGGGGUGUGCCGUUGUUCAGUGUCUAUUGUGCGAGUAAAUGGGCUGUGGAGGGGUUUACGGAGGCUCUGAGUCAUGAGGUGAAGCCGGAAUGGGGGAUCAAGUUUACGUUGAUUGAGCCUGGUGGGUUUAGAACCGACUGGGCUGGUCGAAGCAUGGUCUUUGCGGAUCGGCAUCCGGCGUAUGAUCAUAUCGACGCCCGUGAACGGAUGGGCAAACGACACGGCACACAAGCCGGGGACCCAGUCAAAGGCGCGCGCGCCAUGUAUGAGCUGGCCGUGAUGGAGAACCCGCCGCUGCGCGUGGUCAUUGGCACCGACGCCUACGCUGCUAUCAUGAAUAAAUUGGAGCAGUAUGAGCAGAAUUAUAAGCAGUUCGAGGCGUUGAGUAAUAGCACUGAUGUCGAUUCGGAUCAACAAUGAUGGGGUGAAAAGAAACGAGAAUUAAAUGUGUGCAGACACAUAUUGCGUGACAAGAAACGAUGAACAGAACUAAGUGAAGAAAAGAACGAGUACAAGAACGAGAAUGAGAAUCGAGAAUAAGAGACUGUACUUCAUCAUAUCGUUAUACACAUAUUUUGUUACGCGAUGCAAACAAUAUGAGCUAACUUGUUCAAUAUUCCA